CCCCAGAGGCGCCGCUUUGCAGAUCUGCAGCCGACUUGGGGAGGGGGGGACGACCCAGCUGGGAAUUCGCUUCUCCAGCGGCGUCUCCCAGGCGCGCUGUGCGUCUCUUUCUCUCUCUUUCUCUCUCGCGCCCUGCCUCCCCUGUUCGGCUCCGACCGGCCCUUACGAGCAUCUAUGCUCCUCUCGCUUGCACCGCCGCCCUUCCCUGGCAGGCUGGCACCUGCUCUCACCCUCUUCCCCCUGAUGCUGCUCCUGCCCAACGCCUGGGCACUGUCCAUCCCCAACAGCGACUCCCAGGAGGUGGUGCCCGUCUGGACGGCGGCUCCCGGAGCGCGCGCUGGCCAAGGAGGGCUGGUUUCCUUCUCCCUGGCGGCUUUCGGGCGCGAGUUUGUGCUGCGGCUGGAGCCCGAUGCCAGCUUCUUAGCCCCUGGGCUGAAGAUCCAGUACGUUGGGAAGCAGAAAAGCCCGGGGUUCCUAGCCGAGCAGGAGCAGGAGGAGGAAGAAGAAGAAGAGGAAGACCGGGGGCUGCGACGGAGUUGUUUUUACUCGGGGACUGUCAAUGCGCAGCCAGAUUCCUUGGUGGCCGUCAGCUUGUGCCAGGGCAUCCACGGCUCCUUCUUGGUGGAUGGAGACAAGUAUGUCAUCCAGCCUCAAGGUCACCGGAGCGGGGAUCCUCUCCUCCACGUCCACCAGCUCCAGAAGAGGGGCUGGCCCAAAGAGGCCUCCGAGGACCUUCCAGAAGAGGGAGGUCAAGCAGAAGGCAGCGGCAGCAGCCGGACCAAGCGCUUCGUCUCCCAGGCGCGCUACGUGGAGACCCUGCUGGUGGCCGAUGCCUCCAUGGUGCGGUUCUACGGGGAGGACCUGACGAAUCACAUCCUCACCUUAAUGUCUGUGGCUGCUCAGAUCUACAAGCACCCUAGCCUCAAAAACCCCAUCAAUCUGGUGGUGGUAAAAGUGCUAGUGAUCGAAGCCGAGAACUCCGGGCCAGAGGUUUCCGACAACGGAGGACUGAUGCUGCGAAAUUUCUGCAACUGGCAGCAGCAGUUCAACCCGCCAAGCGACCGUCACCCAGAACAUUACGAUACAGCAAUCCUUCUGACAAGACAGGAUUUUUGUGGACACCAGAGCUGCAGCACACUCGGAGUAGCUGAGACCGGCACCAUGUGUGACCCCAACAAAAGUUGUUCUGUGAUCGAAGAUGAAGGUCUCCAGGCAGCCUACACUUUGGCUCACGAACUAGGCCAUGUGCUCAGCAUGCCCCAUGAUGAUUCCAAGACCUGUGAGAGGCUCUUUGGUACCCUAGGAAAACACCAUAUGAUGGCUCCUCUGUUUAUCCACUUGAAUAAGACCCUGCCGUGGUCCCCUUGCAGUGCCAUGUACAUCACAGAAUUUCUGGAUGGAGGACACGGUGACUGCCUACUGGAUGAACCAGCUGAACCCAUUGCCCUCCCCAGAGACCUCCCAGGCCAAGUGUCUCUGUACAGCCUGGAUCAUCAGUGCCAGCAGAUAUUCGGCCAAGAGUUCCAACACUGCCCCAAUGCGACCCAUGAAGAUCUCUGCUCCCAGCUUUGGUGCAAGCUGGAGGCAGGAGAACGGCUGUGCCACACCAAAAAUGGCAGCUUGCCCUGGGCAGAUGGGACACCUUGUGGGGCAGGGAAGAUGUGUUUGGAUGGCCACUGUGUGGCUCAAGAUACUGUGACGCCCAAGCCUGCGGUGGAUGGAAACUGGGGCCCCUGGAGUCCUUGGGGGACAUGUUCCAGAACGUGCGGUGGAGGAGUACGUUUCUCUAACAGAGACUGCAACAAUCCUCUGCCUAAAAAUGGAGGCAAAUACUGUGAGGGCCAGAGAGUCCAAUAUGAAUCAUGCAACACGGAUGAAUGCCCACCUGGCGACAAGAGUUUUCGAGAGCAACAGUGCGAAAAGUAUGACAGCCAUAACUACACGGAUCUCAAUGGGAACCUCCUGGAGUGGGUUCCCAUGUAUGCAGGGGUGUCGACACGAGAUCGCUGCAAGCUGGUCUGCCGCGCUAAGAGGGGAAAUGAAUUCAAAAUGUUUGACAACAAAGUGAUUGAUGGGACUCCCUGUGCGCCAGACUCCCUGACUGUUUGUGUACAUGGUCGGUGUGUCAAGGCUGGUUGCGACCACAUCAUUGGGUCACCCAAGAAAUUAGACAAGUGUGGGGUUUGUGGCGGGAAUGGCUCGACGUGCAGAAGAAUAACAGGCUCCUUCAACCGAUCCAAGUUUGGAUAUAAUGACAUUGUCACAAUACCUGCAGGAGCAACCAACAUUGAUAUCAAGCAACACAGCCGCGUGAGGCACGAUGGAAACUAUUUAGCCUUGAAAACGCUGGAUGGUAAAUAUCUCUUGAAUGGAAACCUCACGGUUUCAGCCAUGGAGCAGGACAUUUUUGUGAAAGGGACUGUUCUGAGGUACAGCGGAUCCCUGACAACCUUGGAACGUCUCCAGAGUUACCAGCAAAUCCCAGAAUCUAUCACUGUGCAGGUGUUGACCGUCUCUACUAAGAUGUUCCUGCCCAAGGUGCUCCCUUCCCCAAAGGUGAAAUACACGUUCUUUAUCCCCAAAGAUGUCCACUUCAGCAAGCAAAAGAGCAAAGAGAAGAACUUGGCCAAUGUCAUCAAGCCCAUGUUGACGUCGCAAUGGGUUCUGGGAGACUGGUCCGAAUGCUCCCGAUCCUGUGGCGCUGGGUGGCAGAGGCGAACAGUGGAAUGCCUGGAUGUGGAAGGGCAAAUUUCGACGACCUGCGACGAGAGCCUUAAACCUGAGGACCUCAAGCCCUGCAGUGACCUUCCGUGUCCCAUCUGGCAGAUGGGGCGCUGGUCUCCCUGUUCCCAGACAUGUGGAGAGGGCGUGCGGACACGAAACGCCUUGUGCAUUGACUAUGCGGGAAAACCUGUUGCCUUUGAGAAAUGCAGUUCACCCCGACCUCUGCCGGCAACCAGCGACUGCAUGCUUCAGGAGUGUUGACUUGACCUGGCAACGCAAGACCUCACACAUGAUCAGAGGCAUGUGUAACAUAUAAUAACUACUAACCUAACCCAAGCAAGGAUGUAGGUUUUAACGGCAGAUAUGCACUUUGUUGGCCUCAACAGCCCCCCCCCACCAGUUAGAUUUGUUUGAAAGAUUAGGAGGCAUUGGAUAACACUCUCUUUCUCUCCCUCCCCCCUCCAUCUUUCUCUCUUUCUUUCUGUUUCCUCCUUUGUUUUCCUCCAAAUUGGCAUCUACCUCAGUUGGAGGAGGGGAAUGGCAAGGUUUUUGUUUUGUUUUUGUACAAGAGUCGAAUAAACAGCAGCGUGUUCUUGAUUUGCAUGGCAAGUGAACCAAUAGGAUCUAAUUACAUCCCACAGCAGCUCUCCCUCCCCUAAUAUCUAAUUUUGUGUACUAGGCUUCUUUCAGAGAUCACCUGAAUCUCAGACAUGCAUUCACUAAGCCUCUUCGUUAGCCCAGUGACAUCAUCUAAGGAUCAGACUAGAUCAUACGCUUAGCUUGUUUCUGGAAGCGGUGUUUCCUCAAUUGCUGACAGAGUCCAUCACAGUGCUUGAUUUCCCUCAUCUCCAUAUCUUGUAUUCAGCAUGCUUUGUUUUCUGAUUGGUCAUUGAUGGGUAAACAUGGGCUUAAUUUGCAAAUCAGGUCAUGGAAAUAUGUUUCAUUGAUGAAAUUGCAUUCUGGAAGGGGGAAUGGAUUAAGCAUAGGAAAUGUGCUUUCCAUUUAAUGUCUAGUUUGACCUUAACCUUUCAUUCUUUGGGUACAAAGACAAUGUGACGAACUUACUUCAAUAAUGCACACGUAGAACAGCAACAACCUGUUGAAGACCUUUAAUAUGCAAGUCCUUUUUAGCAGUAAUAAUUGUAUCUCUUAUUCAGUAAGGCUCUUCCUAUAUGGCUGAUCUUCUGACAGAAUAGGGCUCAUGAUACAAACUUGUUCUACAAGGUUUUCUCAGGAUUAGGUGAAGGAUUAUAUAAUGCUUCAAAGAUAAACAUGAGAGUGCUCCUUGCAGUGGCUUGUUAGUUCUAGUCUGCAGCCAACAAGUCCUUCAUGAGCCAUAGUCAAAACUCAGCAAGUGAUUGGUCUGGCAUUGCCACAUUAUCCUUCAGUCCCCACUUUAGAGUUACUGGAGAUUCAGGAGGGCAUGUGUGGUCUACUCUCCUUUUUGCUAUUCCACCAUUGUUGGAAGUUUAGGUAUUAAUGGAAAGUUUGCAAUGGGGAAAAUAUGACAUAGGUGGAAUAAUAGUUGGCUGGAUAGCUUCAG